GACCAGCCCUUGAGUACUUGUUUGGGUAAAGGGAGCUGAGUCUUGCCCUGCCAUGGCGUGCCAAGCAUCGUGCCAAGCGCCCUGCCAACCUACGAGCCCCUGGAAGGAGAUGCCCAAGGAGGAGCUGGAGAAGCAGUAUUCGCCGAGUAGAUGGUCUCCCCGGAUGGACGGAGAGGAGGUGGUUGAAGCUCAUGCCCGAGUGCUCGGAGAGGAGACCAAGAAAGCCCGGGCUAGCCCUGACGUGCUCCUGAACGUUCCCUAUGGAGAUGGUGAGGGGGAGAAGAUGGAUUUCUACUUACCCACCAAUGCCUCGGGAGCUUUCCCCUUCUUCCUGUAUAUCCACGGGGGUUACUGGCAGCUUCUAAGCAAGGAUGAGUCGGGCUUCAUGGCGACCCCACUGAGGUCAAGGGGCGUGGCGUUAGCGGCAGUGGAUUACGACAUCGCGCCGAAAGGUGACCUUGAUCUGAUGGUGGCACAGGUGAGACGCAGUGUUGUUUUCCUGCAGAGGAGGUACCCAUGCAACAGCGGCAUCUUCCUGUGUGGGCAUUCUGCUGGCGCACACCUGGUAGCCAUGGCGCUCUUGACGGACUGGGCCGACUUUGGCCUUCGGCCCAACCUGAAAGGCGCUUUCCUGGUGAGUGGGAUUUAUGACCUGGAGCCCAUCCUGACCCUCUCCAUGAACGACAAACUCCAUAUGACCCGGGAGGUGGCUUGGCGGAACAGCCCCCAGCUGCUCAUAGAGAUGGUGAAGCACAGUGCUGGAACCUGCGAGGUGAAGAUGGUCAUGGCCCAGUACGACUCCCCCGAGUUCCGCCGCCAAACCUGCGAGUUUUUUGAGACUCUGUGCUCGACGGGGUGGGAGGUCUCAUUGGAGGACAUCGCCGGCGUCGAUCACUUUGACGAGAUGGAGAAGCUGGCCCAGGAGGAUUACGUCCUGACUCAGAUCAUCCUGGAGACCAUUUGCCGGGAGCUGUCUUUGAAUCGGGAAAAGGGAGAUGUGUGACGGGGCACUUGAACCUUCCCGGGAAAAUCAGGAGGCUUCUCCGCUCUCGCUCUUGCUGCUGGCUCUGACGUGAAUGGGGCCCCGGCAGCUGUGAAUCAACCAAACAGUAGUAUUUAUUGAGCGCUUACCUUGUGCAGAGCACGGUCCUGAAUACUUGGGAAGGUACAGUACAACAGAGCCGAUCCCUCCCCACAAGGAGCUUACAGUCUAAAAGGGGAGAAGGCAUUAAAGUUGAUUAGGGAGAGGGGAAAUAGUAGAGAAUAAGAAUAUUCACAUUAAUAUUUGGGGGCUGAGGUGUUGACAUGCUUACAGAGUAAGAUCUUGGUUUCACAGGUGGAGGCCCAGGAGUUAAACCUAUUUCUUUCAUACAUUCAAAGGAUCCAUUCAUUCAGUAGUAUUUAUUGAGCGCUUACUAUGUGCAGAGCACUGUACUAUCUCUCCCCAGUUGGAGUUGAAGCUCUUUGGGUGCAGGGAAUGCCUUGUAGGUGUCUGUGGUGCUGUCUCAAGUGUUUAGUACCAAUAUAUUGCUCCCAGUGAGUGCUCAAUAAAUACCAUUCACCGAUGAAUGAAUCAGUAGAACCUAUAAGCCUCUCCUCUGUGUACUAAGCACCGGGGGAAGAAAAAAACGGAAGUGAGAAUCCAACAGGGUGCUUGCCCCUGAAGUGCCCAACAGUCAAAAAAUAAGGAAGCAGUGUGGCCUGGUGGGUAGAGCCUGGAUGUGGUAGGACCUGGGUUCUAAUCUUGGCUCCGCCACUUG